AAAAAUUAAUUUGCGUCCGUUUAAAAGCGCACCGCCGCCGCUAAUGGUCGCCAGAAGAUCAUGAUCGACUUCACGCAGAUUUUGUCAUCGGUCGGCGAAUUUGGCGCGUUUCAGAAGCGCUUGUUGGUGGCGGUAUGUCUCCCCAACAUUUUCACCGCCUUCCACAUGUUCGGCCAGGUGUUCACCGCCAUCAGCUUCCCGCACUACUGCAACAGCAGCUGGAUCCUCCGACAGGCUCCAAACCUUACCGAGGAAAAGCAGCUGAACCUCACCGUCCCGCUGGACAGCAAAGGACAGUAUGAGAGUUGUAAGAUGUUCACACCUGUAGAGAUGGAUAUUGAGGAUAUUGAACAUUAUGGAAUAAACACAACUACAUCGUGUAUUGAUGGAUGGGUUUAUAAGGCACCGAAAGACAGCAGCACACUUAUAACUGAGUUUGACCUGGUGUGUGAAAAUAAGGUUUAUAGUGAGGCUUCUCAGUCCAUCUACAUGGCUGGUCUUCUUGUUGGAGCCCUAUUGUUUGGGCCAAUGGCAGACAAGUAUGGCCGGCGGUUUGCCACACUGCUUUCCUUGUUUCUGCAGUUUCUGUCUGGAGUGGGAGUUGCAUUUUCCCCUAACAUCUAUGUCUACAUUGCCCUCCGUUUUGUUGUUGGCACCACAAUAUCCGGGAUCUCUAUCAACACAUUUGUUCUGGGUACUGAGUGGUGUGGUUCAGCCAAGCGGGCCCUUUUCACCAUAUUAUCGCACUGCUUUUUUGCCAUUGGUCUGAUGUUGCUGUCUGGUGUGGCCUAUGGGAUUCGAAACUGGAGGGUUUUACAGCUGGUUUUGUCAGCACCAGUUGGGCUUUUCUUUAUCUAUUACUGGAUUCUCCCUGAGUCUGCGAGAUGGCUUCUGACACAAGGAAAACUAGACAGUGCCAAGAGAGAGAUCCUCAAAGCUGCCCGAAUUAAUGGCAGGAAGGUGUCUGAAAAUCUGCUUGAUAAGAUGGAAGCAGAGAACACAGCCAAAUCAAGCACCAUGAUAGACCUGUUCCGAGUGGGUUACCUGAGAAAGAGAGCUCUCAUCAUGUGCUAUAUGUGGUUUGUGACAUCCCUGGUUUACUAUGGUGUCAGCUUGAAUGUGGGGAACUUCGGCCUGGACAUUUACCUGACUCAACUCAUCUUUGGCAUGGCAGAGUUUCCUGCACGGCUGUCCUGCUUUCCUCUCAUUCAGCGCUUUGGACGGAGAAUUUGCCAAAGUGUCGUUUUGCUGCUAGGAGGCACAGCCUGCCUGAUUAUUCCUGCUAUCCCAGCAAAAUAUCCUAUAGUUGUGACUGUGAUCGCUGUAAUUGGGAAGUUUUCACUCGCUGCCUCCUUCUCCAUUGUAUACGUGUACACCGCUGAGCUCUACCCAACAGUUGUGAGGCAGAAUGGGGUGGGCCUGAACUCCAUGUGUGCCCGUGUGGCUGGUAUUCUGGCUCCUCUGAUUGGCUUGUUGGACGUUUAUCAUCAUGCCAUUCCUAUGAUCAUAUACGGCUCGCUGCCUUUUGUUGGAGGAGCUCUGACCUUCCUGCUUCCAGAAACACUGAACACUGACCUACAGGACCACACGGAUAUCCCUGCGGAUGAGAGCAUGGGAUCAAAAAAAGCCAGUAUUGAAAAUGGACUGAAUCAGGAGCAAGGAAUGGCUCUCAGGAGCACAAAAUUAUGAGAUUUAUACUGCUGUUGAUGACAAUGAUAGAUUUUAUCAAUAAGUGUGAAUGACUCAAAUCAAACUUCUCAUAUUUUCAGGUUUACCUUUCAUGCUGCAAGUAUCAUGUUUGUAAAGUUUUAUUGAUUAAAAUGAAUUUGUACUUUUUUAUCCUUUCAAUACAAAAAGUAAACAUCAGCGAUUUAUUUAUGACAUAUGAGUGUUUUUCUGUAGUACUCUUCAGAUGAAAAAAAAAAGAAUUUAUUAGUAGGCACCAAAGAAAUGUGGUAACUUAUUUAUAACUUCUGCAAUUAACAUCAGCAAUUAUAAUAAUAAAGAAACAUUCAGACAAAAAAAACCAAACAAACAAAAUAAAACCUAUGUACACAUUUUCAUGUCAAAUUUUAUCCUUGACAUCCAUGCUUUUGGUACAUUUGUUAUGAAAUUAUUACCAUUCAUUAGACAGGUGUGGAGCAUUUCUUGCAACCACUUUAUGGUGCUUCUCUCAAACAUAUCAACCAUACAGACUUCAGAACAUGGACUGAUACUGAUUUAUAGGUAUAAACUGCUUUAUAAAAUCACAUGGUAUCCUUGCAUUGAUUUAUACUUUCUGAUACACAAUAAAAAAGUAGUACAACAAAUCAUAUUCUCCUACACCAGACCAUCUGCUAUGUGAAGGUUAUGGCUCAUAUACUUGUUCAGUGGCUCUAAAUGACGUUAGUGUCAUUCCUCUGUAUCCAGCGGUCUUUAUGCUGCUGACGGCCGAAUCCUUCAUCGU